UGUUGCAAUAAUCCGGACAGAGAUCAUCAGCAAUUGUCCACAGAUCAUUCAAAUAGCGAAUCUAUUCUGACUUCAAUCAAAAUCAUGCCCGAACCACCAAAAAUUGGUCUGGUCCUUCUGAUUUGUGGGAUUCCCCUUACCCAAGGUUUCUCAUAUGAUAGUCCUGACAAAUGGCUGACCGAAGCUCCAAUCUGCGGUGGUAAAUCACAAUCACCCAUCAACAUCGACUACCAUGCAAACGACUUACUAAACCAGGAUAUAUUACCGCUCAGGUGGAAUGGGUAUGAUAACACACCGGAUAUUAUGACUGGGACUAACAACGGGCACACAAUCAAAGUCAUUCCCAAGUGGGCGGAUGAAUCUAGAAGACCUUAUUUAUCCGGUGGACCUCUCAGUAGUCCAUAUGUUCUCCAAGAAUUCCAUUUUCAUUGGGGGGCGGAUGACAACGCUGGAAGCGAACACACGAUCAAUGGAAAGAGAUUCGUCCUUGAGGCCCACAUGGUGCACUGGAAACUCGAUUACGGUUCAUUAUCAGCAGCCGUGGAACAGCCGGAUGGACUUGCAGUCGUUGGAUCUUUCUAUGACAUCAACAACGUGAAGGAUAGACCUUCUCAUGCUGGGUACGACAUCGCAGCCAUCGCCUCGGUGCUCUCCGAAGAAGGUAAAGAAGCUGAUAUAGCUCCGUUCCCAGUAUCAAACUUUGACGUAGUCAACACCACGGAUGUCAUCGCAAGCUACCAAGGAUCUUUAACAACUCCUGGAUGCAAUGAGGCAGUCACCUGGAUGGUAGCAAUCCACGGAUAUCCCAUCUCGGAAGUUCAAAUGGAGUCAUUGAGAAGAGUUCAACUGUAUCACCGUGAAGAUCAUAACUAUCGACCAGUUCAACCGCUUAAUGGUCGCAAAGUUUCAUUUUUCCAUUGACGAUGGUAAUCUUUGUUACUUGUGAAUGGAAUCCCCAGGGUUUUGUGAGCCCAUUCGAAGAUGUUGACAACGAGAAAAGAAAGUGCUCUAAGAUUUCCUUUAUACGAUAGCCAAUGUAGGCCGCAGAGUUUUCUAGUUAUCGAUAGCGUGAAGUUAUUUGUCUCUUUAUUAAUGAAAUAAAUUUGGAGUUCACUUUCAAACUUA